GCGCCGAGGCCGCCGCGGCCCGGUCGGGCCUGGCCGGUGACGAGCGGGCGGGCGGGGCGCCGAGGGGUGAGGCAGGCCAGGGCCGCGCGCGCGCCGCCGCGGGGGGAGGGGAGAGGAGGGCACCUAGGCUCUCCUCUUCUCUCCCCCCUCCCCGCGCGCCAUGUAACCCCGCCCCGCCGGCGGCGAGCUCGAGACCCCCGCGCGCACCGAGCCGAGCCGGCGGCUGGAGAACCGGGCCCGAUGCGGCAGGGGCUGCGCAGCUCGGCCGAGCCGUGAGCAGCGGCCCGCGCUCACUCGUCCUCCGGCACCUCAAGCGGUAGCGCCACACCGUGUAGCCUAGGCCUGCCGGAGGCAUGAGCGUGCCGGAGACGCCGGGAGAGAUGGAGCCGGCCGGGGAGGAGGAGCGGCCGCCACCGGCGGCCGAAGAAGACGACGAGGAGGAGGAGGAGGUGGCAGCGGCGGUCCCGGCCUCAGGGCCGGCCCGCGGGAGGAGUGCCUCCUCGCUGGAGGACGCAGACGACCAGGAGGAGGAGGUGGAGGCGAUGGUGGUCGGAGGCGGUGGCUGCAAGGAGCAGGAGCUGACCUACGAGCUGCAGCAGGGCUACCGCAUCCUGGGCGAGUUUCUGCAGGAGAAGCACCGGGGCCUCACCGCCCCCUUCCUGCAGCCCUUGGGGGGCGUUGCCACCGGGGAGGAGGAGGUGGCCGAGGGGCCGCGCAGCGGGGGCCGGGGCAGUCGCGCCUUCUCUCAGCAGCCGGGGCAGGGCCUGUGUCUGCUGAAGAUGGAGGAGAAGUUCGCCAGCGGCCAGUACGGGGGCAUCACCGAGUUCGUGGCGGACUUCAGGUUGAUGCUGGAGACGUGCUACCGCCUGCACGGAGUGGACCACUGGAUCUCCAGACAGGGCCAGAAGCUGGAGAUGAUGCUGGAGCAGAAGUUGGCGCUUCUCUCUCGGCACUUGAGAGAAAAGACAACGAUAGCAGUUACAUCUAGAGGCUAUUAUGGAUUGGAGGAUGAGAAGGGAACUGCAUGUACUUCAACAAGGCGUCGGUCAACACCACGAAGUUUGGCAGGCUUGACAAGUGGAGUUUUUGAAUCUAUAAUGGUUCAAGUUUUGAGACAGGAAGAACAGAUGAGAGCAAAAGAAGAAAAAAGGCUUCGGGAGCAGGAAAGAAAAGAAGCUGAAGAAGCUAGUCAAAAGGAAAUAGAAGAAUGGGAAAGAAAACUUCUAGCUCAAGCAGCUCCAACUUGUAUGGAGACCAUGUGGGAAAUUCCAGCUAUUGGGCAUUUCCUUUGUUUAGCCCAACAAAUUCUAAAUUUGCCAGAAAUAGUCUUUUAUGAAUUGGAACGUUGUCUUCUGAUGCCUCAGUGUAAUGCUUUUCUGUCUAAAAUAAUGACUUCUCUGUUAAGUCCUCCUCAUCGCAGACCUACCUUACAUCGAAGACCUACUUUGCCUUAUAGGACCUGGGAAGCAGCACUGAGACAGAAAGUGCAGCAGUGGUAUACUGCUGUAGGACAGACUGAAAAUCAAGAUAACUGUGCUGAAAAACUUGGGUUGUGUCCUCAGUUUUUUAAAGUUCUUGGAGACGUUAAUCCAUUGGAAGAAAAACCUUUUCACGAACUACCUUUCUACCAAAAAGUAUGGUUACUUAAGGGUCUUUGUGACUUUGUGUAUGAAACACAAAAAGAAGUUCAAGAUGCUGUACUUGGACAGCCUAUCCAUGAAUGCAGAGAAGUUAUCCUUGGUUACGAUUAUUUGGAGAAUGCUUAUGUACAUUUUCCACAGUUCUGUGGUGCAGAUGUACGGAUUUAUAAACAGAGACCUUUUCAGGCCCCAGAAUUUCCAAUUCCACCAAUUAAAAUACAAAGAGUACCUCGGAUUAAACUGGAGAAACUGAAGUGUGACUAUGUUAGUACAAGUAAUGGAGAACAUAGGUGUAGUAGAGAAGGUCUGCCCUCUGCCUUCAAGAAAGAACAGGAAAUUAAUUUUGAUCUAGCUUGCUGCCCUGCUAAAAUGAACUUGGAUAAUCAUGACAUCUCUGUUGAAAUGGAAGUAAAAUCCAACUGUGAAAUUAGAAUUCGCAGGCCCUGUGAAAUUAAAAAAACUGAUUGUUGUAAAGAAAAUUUAGAGAAACCAGGGAGUCCAGGGGAAGUUACUGGCUUUGGAGAGCCUCUCAGUCCGGGUGAAAUAAGGUUUAUAGAAAAUAAGGAAAAAUAUGGUGAAGCUUCCAGAAUAAAGACUGAGCCCAAUCCAUUAAGAGAAAAUACUCUAAAAUCUUGCCAAAUACAUGUAAAUGGAAGUCACAGUGAUCAUCCAGAAAUUAACUGCCACAGAGUUAUAAGGGAUAUUCUAUUAGAGCAGUCAUUACAGAGCCACAAGAAACUCAAACUAACUAAAAUGAGGGCAAAAAAGAAGAAAAAGAAAAAAAAGAAAUUGAAAGAUGUUUUAAAUGAAAAUUUACAGAGAAAGCGUGAAGGUCUUCAUUCUCUUGCAUUCAAGUCUUACAAACCUGAGAUCCAGAAUAAGUUAUUGAUCAUCAAAAAGAAAGCAAAACACAAGAAGCACAAAUCUGGAAAAAAAUCCAUAUCUAAAAAAGCAAUUACAAAGAAGAGGAAAACUGUCACAAAGUCACCUACUGUACCAGAAUUUCAGCUUAUUUGCACUAAUCUUGAUGAACUCAGGGAAUUAAUCACAAAAAUCGAGAAUGAACUCAAAGAUCUGGAAAACAGUAGAAAAAAAUCGGGCAAAUGGUAUCAUCGGAGGCAAGCUGUAAAAGAAUUGCAUAGUACAUUGAUACGUCUUUUAAAUGAAUUGCUGCCAUGGGAACCAAAGUUAAUGAAGGCUUUCCAAAGAAACAGGAGCCGUCUAAAGAGAGACUAUGAUGACUUUAGAAGACAACCUGAUCAUGAUAAAUUUACUAGAGAACUAUGGACUACUGAGGAAAGUGAAGGAGAUCUGGAAAAAGACUCUCCUAAAGGAGAAAUCAUUAAGUCUAUAGACUCAACAGAACCUCUAGAUAUCCUGGAGAAAGAUCACUUUGAUUCCAAUGAUAUGAAAUUGUCAGAAGUAGAUUUUCCUAUGGCCAGAAGCAAGCUGAUGAAAAAAGAAUUGCCUUCUAAAGAUGUACCGAAAACACUGCUUAAAACAUUUAAACGACAGUCCAAACAAACUAAUUAUCUGGAUGAUAGCACAAAAGAGCUUUCCCCAAGGAAGAAAGCAAAGUUAAGCACAAAUGAGACAACAGCUGAGAAUUUAGAAAGUGAUAUGCAAAUUGACUGUUUGAAUGAAUCAAAGCAUACAGAGCCAUCAUUUCCAGAGUCAUUUGCCUCAUUGGAUUCAGUACCAGUGUCCACUCUCCAAAAAGGGACCAAACCUAUUCAGGCCUUGCUUGCAAAGAAUAUUGGGAACAAAGUGACCUUAACAAAUCAACUGCCCUCUUCCACAGGUAGAAGUGCUCCUACUGUGGAGAAGCCAGUUAUAUCUUCUCCAGAAGCAAACUCCAUAAAGCCAGCAUUGACCUGCCACACCAGUACAAAAGGUCCUUUACAGAUGGUAUACAAAAUGCCCUGUGGCCAGUGGUUGCCAAUAGAUCUUCACAAUAGCUCUGUAAAGAUUCAGAUGCAACCUGUGGUGGAUCCUAAAACAGGAGAAAAAAUCAUGCAACAGGUUCUUAUUCUGCCUAAGAAUUUUGUGAUUCAGCAUAAAGAAGGAAAAGCAGUUGCAAAAGAAACACCGCCACUUCAACAAAAAGGUACAGAACAACAUUGUUCAUCUUUCCCACAGACAACAAGUGUAAACUCUUCUUUAGCAUCAGUUCUUGUCAACCCAACAGGAACUGUUUCUACUCAACUACCUAGUACAGCUUUCAACAAGACGAUUACACCUUUAUCAAAUGUGAGUAGUGCUAGACCACAGCCUUUGUCAUCUGUAACCUCUGUUAGUAAUUUAUUAACACCACCAGUUAAGACUAGCCAGAGUGAAGCAGGAAAAGUCAAGAAUGCAGUUUCAGCAGCCACAUUCCCCCUGCCCAAUGCUUCAUCUACCGUUUCCUUAACAAGUCAGCCUCUGUUAUCAGCAACAACACUAAAAGGAUCUACAAAUCCUGGUAGUUCCCUCGACUGUUUUGCACAACAACCUGCUGAUUCUUCUGAAACAAAGCAAGAGCUAAAAACUGUGUGUAUAAGAGAUUCACAGUCAAUUCUUGUUAGGACACGAGGUGGGAACACUGGAGUUGUAAAAGUACAGACCAAUCCAGAUCAAAAUUCACCCAACACUUUAUCUUCAAGUUCAGUUUUCACUUUUGCUCCUCAGCUUCAGGCAUUUCUGAUGCCAAAAUCAACAACUUCAUCAUCCUCUGCAUUUUCACCAGUAGCUGGAACGACUGCUACAUCAAAUCUCCCACCUUUUGGCCAAACACCGACUUCUGUUUCCAUUCCAGCUAGUUUUAAUCCAUCCAUAGGGAAAAAUCUCAAACUUACAUUAGGUCACCCCGCUAGCAGUGGUAAUUUGGGCCAUGUGAUAGAUAAAACUUCACACAUGCCUCCUUCUCCCUUGAAGUCCUCUGUUUCUUCUAGCACUCUACUACCAUCAACAGCAAGUAGUUCAGUAAGUGUAAUUAGCAUAUCAACAGGAAAUUUUGGACAAAACAAUGCAAAUGUUAUUCAUACUCCAACUAAACAGCAACAAGUAGAUUAUAUCACAAAAAGUUACCCUGUUACAAGAUCAGAAGCAACAGUAGCAACAAAUGGAGAUGUGACCACUGGGACUCCAGUUCAGAAACUUAUGCUGGUAUCAGCUCCAUCUGUUCUUUCUUCUGGCAAUGGAACUGCAGUUAAUGUGACACCUGCACCAACAUCUACUGGUGUUUCUGCCCAGAAACUAGUUUUUAUUAAUGCUCCAGUUCCCAGUGGCACUUCAGCCCCACCUAUUGUUGCAGAAUCAUUAAAACAAACUCUUCCUCCCUCUUUGAGUAAAACGUACGUUAAAACUCCAGAGCAACCCCAAAUAGUACUGAUUCCAUCUACAGUGGGAGCACCAAUAAAAAUAAAUUCAUCACCAACUGUGUCUCAGAUAAAAGAUGUGAAAAUUGGGCUAAACAUAGGUCAAGCAAUUGUAAAUACUUCAGGCAGUGUACCAGCUAUACCACCAAUUAACAUAUUGCAAAAUGUAAUCCCAAAAGGAGAAGACAAGAGUAGCAAGGGCUAUAUUUUGCCAUUGUCAACAAGUGGUAAUUCAAUUCCAGUAAGCUCAAAUUUUGUGAGUCAAAAUAUUACUCCUGUUAAUGAAUCAGUGGUUUCUGCCACAAGAGCAGUAAACAUGUUUUCGGUAACAGGAGCAAACGUAUCUUUGGGUUCCCUUUCAGUGACCUCAACCUCUGCUUCAGUUGGGACACGACCUCCUGUUUUAGUCAGUGGAAAUGAUACCUCUUCAAGAAUUAUGCCUAUUUUGUCAAAUAGACUUUGCACGUCAAAUCUCGGAAACACUGUGGCUAUAUCAACUGUGAAAACAGGACAUCUUGCAUCAUCUGUUCUGAUUUCAACUACACAACCAACAGUGUCUCCUAAAUGUUUAACAUCAGCUCUGCAGAUCCCUGUUACUGUUGCCUUACCUACACCUGUGACUGCAUCCCCUAAAACAGUCAACACAGUUCAACAUUCAGCAACAGUACCAGGAGCCACAUGUUCUCUUUCUAAAAGACAAUCUCGGACUUCUCUCCAGUUUCAGUCACCAGGGAUUUCAACUACAGUGCCAACAAAUGUAAAUGCAAAUAAACCUCAAACUGAAUUGUCAUCCCUUUCACCAAGUCCGGGUAAAAUAAUUAAUAUUUCCAAUUUAGCUUCUCUGCCAAACCACCAAAUGCCCCCUGCUUUAGUAAAAUCAACCCCUAGUUACAGUUCUGCUCCAGGUGGCCCUGCCAUUCACACUGCUACAACACCAUCAAAUGUAACUAGUCUAGUAGGGAGUCAGUUCAGUGAACCUUGUAUUCAGCAAAAAAUAGUCAUCAACACCAGUACACCUUUGGCACCUGGUACUCAGAUCAUGAUCAAUGGAACCCGGUUUAUUGUUCCACCACAAGGUCUUGGAGCUGGCAGCCAUGUUCUCCUUAUAUCUACUAACCCGAAAUAUGGACCUCCCUUAGUUCUUAACAGCAACCAAGGCAUUCAGCCUACACCAGUAGAUAACCCUGCCCAGAAGAUCACACUAGCAUCAAAUAAUUCUUUAAGUGGGCAACCUAUAAAACAUUCUAUGAAAAGCUCUACGAAAAUUGUAAACUCUUUUGGGAAUGCAAGUUCCCUACCCACAGUACAUACAGCACCACAAAUUGUAAACACAACUGCUAAAGUUUCUGUUCCACCUGCUGCACCAGCAGUAUCAUUGACUUCAGUAAUUAAGUCUCCUCCAGCUACUCUUUUGGCUAAAACUUCUUUGGUUUCUGCCAUUUGCUCCAGUAAUACUCCACUGCCAAGUAACACUUCAGUAUUUCAUUUGGACACAUCUGUCAAAAAAUUAUUGGUUAGCCCAGAAGGAGCCAUUUUGAAUACCAUAAAUACUCCAGCAUCUAAGGUGUCUUCACUCUCUUCAUCUCUCUCGCAAAUUGUCGUAUCUGCCAGUCGGAAUCCUGCCUCUGUCUUCCCUGCUUUUCAAUCAUCUGGUUUAGAGAAGCCUGACACAGCUGCAUCUUGAAUUUAGACUAAAAGAGCCAGUUUUUGAAUAAUGGGGCAUUGUUUUGACUCCCAUAAAAAUUUUAACUGUUUAUUAUACUGUUGAAAAUAUACAUAGUUGUGUGUGUGUGUGUGUGUAUGUGUUUUAAUGUAUCUUCUCAUUAGCUUGCAACAAGGCUUUGUUUUCUUGGGGAGGGAAAAAUAUGUUCCAUUUAACUCCUAAUUGGUAUUAGGAUGUUUUCAAAGGUUCUUUGUUUAAAGUACAUGGUCAGGAUUUACCUGUCUGUAUAACAUAAAUUGAAAAAGGUCAAGUUUGACUAGUUUAGAGUAAGCUAGCCUUUUGCACACUUAUAUUGACAUGUUUCUUCUUGAAUUUGGACUAUUGCAGCAUAUCUAUGAUAUGGUAUUCUGUGUCAUUAGUGAAAUUUUAUUUUUGUUUCUGUAAAAAUAUAUAUAUAUUUAUGCAUUGUGAAAAUGCAGUCCAUGGUGUAAAAUUGUACAUAUUCCUAAAUCCCUAACAACCUGUACUAAAUAUAUGUACAAAGAACUAUGCUGUCUUAUUUAUGUUUUGUUUACAUAAUGUAUAGUUUUUUAAGUAUUUUAGUAAUUUUGGACCAGUGAACUGUUAGCAACAAUGCAGAAGAAUCUGCAUGUAAUAAACUGAGUUGCUCUAUUUCUUUGUUUGAA